AUGAAAACAUAUUUUACUGUUUUAUUCAUUUUCUUUAUUACAAUCAAUAAUAUCAAAUCAGAAGUAGCUUAUUGGAAUGGCACAGACUAUUCCAAUUUUAUGACAGGCACAAAUUGGGACCCAUCAAAUGUUCCCUCUACCUCUUCUACUUUAUUCAUUAUUUCAAAUAGCAGUGUUUUAGAUACUGACAAUGUAGUUAUAUAUUCACUCAUCCUUGGCAGCCCAUUGGAAGAAACUCCUACACUGAUCAUUCAAAAUGGUGCCUCUUUUAGUGUUACCAACACAACUACGAUUUACCAUUCCGCUACUCUUCAAAUGACAAACGGAAGUUUGGUUCAAAUUCAUAACUUGCAACAAUCUGGAAAUAUAGUAGUAAAUAAUGGUACCCUAAAUGUACUUGGUGCUCUAAUUUCUAAUGAUUCAAAAAUAGAAUUUCGUCAUGGUCACCAAGCUAUUGAAGGCUUAUUUGAGUUUGAUACAAAUUCAAAUUUUGAAGUUGUUAACUCAGAGACUGAAAUUACUGGAAAUUAUCUGUUCAGAAAUCAUUCAAGUUUAUCAAUUGAUAACUCUGUCGUAACAUUCUCAAAGUCAAACAACUUAAUAAUGAUGGACCAAACAGAGUUUUCCAUUUCGAAUUCAAAGCUGGAUAUCAUUGGGUUGGCUACUAUUGGUUCAACUGUUUCUACCAUUGUCCAAGACAGUACCCUCAGUAUUGAAAGUCAGAAUUUAAAUGUAUCAUCAAGCCCCAAAGUUCAGAGGUCUACACUUAACGUAUCUGGCAACUUAGUGUUUGGACCCUCUUCAGUCGUUGAGAUGACAGACACUAUAUUAAAUAUUAAUCCGACUGCGAAUGUCACUGUUAAUUUUGAAUUGACUGGAAAAAACCUUACCAUAAAUAUCCUCGGAAAUUUAUUUUUUGCAAAGCAAGUGUCCAAGUUCAUUUGUGACAACUGUACUGUAAAUAUAAAUGGAAAUGGUUUGUUCAGAUUCAACCUGUUUGCAUUUGCCAACAUUACCAACACCUAUAUCUAUAACAAUGCCAACGUAUUUACCGCAGCCAAGAUUUUGAAGCAAACCAAUGGAAGCAUUGCGCUUGUUGGUGGUACUCUUUUCGCAAAUAAUACUAUCGAGAUAGAAUCUGGAUCUCUAUAUGGAAAUGGCAAUGUUUAUGGUAAUAUCUCGAACCAAGGAACCAUUGGUAACCAAGCUUCCCUCAAUACCACCGACAAUAUCACUAUACUUGGCAAUCUUCAUCAGAACAAAGGCCAAAUAGUAUUGAAUAUCAAUUUAGACAGACAUUCUCAUCUCAAUGUCAGUAGAUUAUUCAAUGCAAGCAAUGUCAAUAUCGUUGUCUAUGUUAGCGAUGAUACACCAAGCAACACCAACAUAACAUUGAUAAACUUUGAUGAAUUCCAGGGAAAUAUUAACUCUGUUACCAUUAGAACGUUCAACCCAUCAACAGGAAAGCCAACAACAUUCAAUAAAUGCAAGUACCAGUCUCAAAGAAAUGAGAAAUCGUUUGCAGUCUUGGUCGGUGAUGAUUAUGGUUGUGAUAGACCAGGCAAUGGUGGUGAUAAGGUACCUCCUGGUGCCAUUUUCGGCAUAGUAAUAGGUUUUGUUGUUGCUGCUGCAUUGAUUGCCUUAAUUCUAUACCACAGAACAAAAAUAAGAUUAUUUUUUAAAAAAUCAUACACCAAACAAAUCCAACUAUCAAAGAAAUAA